UCCUGCGCCCGCUACCACCGGCCACCGCGGGCCGGCCCGGCUGUGUGUGGAGGAGUUGCAGCGCUUCUUAGCGCACUGAAGCCCCAGAAGACCUCUGCCUUCUGCGAACCAAACACACUGAGUCCUUCUCUGAUUUCAACAGUGGAACACAACUUCAGAGCUGGGAAUUGGCCAAGAAGGAAGAGAGAAUCUCAGCAUAAUAACACUUGAGCAGAACACAUUACAGAACUUAGAAAUACUUUUCUGGACAGCCAUUUCUCCAAGGAAGACCAAGUCCUCUAGACCCAUGUGAUCUCCUAUGAAGAACUGACCCCACCUGCUGGUCAUCCCAGCCCCCAUCAUGGGACCUGCAGGAAGUGCGCUGAGCAGUGGGCAGAUGCAGAUGGCCCUGUGGGGAAGUCUGGCUGCUGUGGCCAUGUUCUUCCUCAUCGCCUUCCUCAUCCUUCUGUGCUCCAGCUGUGACAGAGAGAAGCCACGGCAGCAUAGUGGGGACCAUGAGAACCUGAUGAACGUGCCUUCCGACAAGGAGAUGUUCAGCCAUUCGGCAACCAGCCUGACAACAGAUGCACUGGCUAGCAGCGAACAGAACGGGGUGCUCACCAACGGCGACAUUCUUUCAGAAGACAGCACGCUGACCUGCAUGCAGCAUUAUGAGGAAGUCCAGACCUCAGCCUCAGAUCUGCUGGACUCCCAGGACAGCACGGGAAAGGCCAAGUGCCACCAGAGCCGGGAGCUGCCCAGGAUCCCUCCUGAGAACACAGCGGACACGAUGCUCACAGGCAGGGCUGCAGAUGCAGAGUCGGGGCCCGGAGUGGAGGGGCCCUACGAGGUGCUCAAGGAUAGCUCCUCCCAGGAGAACAUGGUGGAGGACUGCCUGUAUGAGACAGUGAAGGAAAUCAAGGAGGCGGCAGACAAAGGGCAGAGUGGCAAGUCCAAGUCCACUUCCGCCUUGAAGGAGCUUCAAGGGGCCCAGGAGCAGGGCAAGGCCGACUUUGCCGAAUACGCCUCUGUGGACAGAAACAAAAAGUGCCGCCACAGCACGAACGCAGAGAGCAUUCUGGGAACGUCCAGUGACCUAGAAGAGGAAAUCCCACCGCCUGUCCCAGUUAAACAUCUGGAUGAGAAUGCCAACCUUCCAGAGAAGGGAGAGAGAGGGGCAGAAGAACAAGCUCCAGAAGGGACCAGUGGACACAGCAAGAGAUUCAGUUCCUUGUCCUACAAGUCUCGGGAAGAAGACCCAACUCUUACAGAAGAGGAGAUCUCAGCAAUGUAUUCCUCAGUGAAUAAACCUGGACAGUCGGCACACAAACCUGGACCAUUUAUGAAAGGGCCGGAAUCUACCUGUCACUCCAUGCAGGGCCCCCCUCAGAGGUCGUCAUCUUCCUGUAAUGACCUCUAUGCCACUGUGAAAGACUUUGAGAAAACUCCCAACAGCAUCAGCACACUGCCACCAGCAAGGAGGCCCAGUGAGGAACCAGAGCCUGACUACGAAGCCAUACACACUCUAAACAGAGAAGAUGAAAAGGUCCCUCUGGAGACCAAUGGCCACCUUGUCCCCAAGGAGAAUGACUACGAGAGCAUCGGGGACUUGCAGCAAUGCAGAGAUGUCACCAGGCUCUAGCAGCUCCAAGAGGCUGUGACCGGCAGCUCCACUGUGGAGAGGAGGUGACGCAGUCUCACACUGUGUUGGUUAACUGAAAUCAAGUGCAGGCUCACAACUGUUUCCCAGUUUCCGAAACAGUAAGGUAUGGACCUGCCUGCCAGGGCAGCUACCCUCCAGGGGCCCCCAAGAAACCCACGGUACCCCUGACCUCCACACUCCACAGAGGAAGACAACUUCGGGCGGUGGCGGGGGGCCGGGGGAGGGGGAGCCCCACCCACCAAAGCUGAAAUCCCACCUGCCUGGAAUCCUGGCUGCUGUGGAAGAGCCCGGUUUCCUCCCUCGUUCUCCUUUCUUCUGCUGCUUGUGCUAAGACAUGGCACUUCACCCCUAGAGACCUCCCUUGUGUGCUUCACCCAAGGACAGUCUCCCACCAGCCUGCACUGGAGAGAAACUGGUUCCCGUUAGCCCACCAUCUUCCCAGACCCACCCUGUUAGUCCCUGGGAAUCUGGAUGUACAGGCUGAACAGUGUGGGCGGGCUGUCCCUGGAGUCCCUGGGGUCUCUGCUCCUCGUUGCAACACUGCAUCUGCAGUCUUCACAAGGCACAUGAGGCCAGUUUAGAUAUUUUUUAAUGUUUUAUGUUCAAAACCUUCCCAACAGUGUUUGACUUUUUCAUAACUACUAUGGUACUUCUGCAGUUGUUCAAACCCAGCGCUCUUCCUUCCAAACAGAGCCUUAAUGUUUCUGUGUGGAUGGCAGCCAUGGUGUCUAUUCCCAAAGGGCUGCGGACAUAAAUUUGUGUUUCCAGUGAUCUUUGCUGCCCACACAUGUAACUUUCCUGUAAUCUGAUGGAAAUCUGAGUAAAAUGUAAACAUUUAUUUUAUUAUAUAAAUUUAUAAGAUGUUUUAUGUUUAAUGCCUAAUUUCUAGAAACUGUCAGAAAAUAUAUAUUAACUAUUUGGAUUUUAUGUAUAACGAUUUAUACUCUCAUUUUUAAAAGAUACCAUAAAGCACAUAAGCUAGAUAAUGA